AUGUAUAUCAAAGGGCCACAUGCAGAGCCUGAGCUUCCAGUGCUGCGAAAGCUAAUUCAGGAUAACCCACUCGGUCUUCUUACAACUGCCAUUCCUUCGCCAAACCACCCCUUCCUUCAGAGCACCCACAUUCCCUUUGUUCUGGACAUUGAUGGUGAGGAAGACGAGACAAAGCUUGGCAAGCUACGAGGUCAUCUCGCUAGAGUCAACCCUCAGAGCAAGGCCAUGAUCGAGAACCUCACCGAGAACCCACAUCUCAACAAUGUCAUCGAACAAGAUGUGAUAGUCAUCUUCAACUCCCCUAUUCAACACUACGUUACGCCCAAGUUCUACACAGAGACAAAGCCUACGACUGGAAAGGUCGUUCCAACAUGGAACUACGCGGCCGUUCAAGUCUAUGGCCGCGCCAGGGUCUUUUACGACACCAAAUCAGAUGAAGCAGGCCAGUUCUUGUCUAAACAAAUCUCAGAUCUGAGUCGGCAUGCUGAAACCAAUGUCAUGGGUUUUACCGGCGGUGAUAACCCUGUGGAUUGGAAAGUGAGCGAUGCACCAGACAGGUAUAUCGAGCUUUUGAAGAAAAGCAUCAUCGGAAUUGAGAUUGAAAUUACAUCCAUGGGAGGAAAGUUCAAGAUGAGCCAAGAGAUGGGCAUGGGUGAUCGACAGGGUGUUAUCAAUGGCUUUUCUAAGUUGGAAUCGGAGACUGCGAAGGAGAUGUCCAAGAUGGUGCAGGUUCGAAGCGAUUUGAAGGAAGCAAAGAAGGCGAGUGCUUGA